ACGGUUCCCCGCUAACCUCACAUCCAGGAACGUAAUAUCUCCAUAGCUCCCUCCUCAUGGCCGACCCGGCCCCGGACAUACUCGACAUACCCUCCGAGCACCCACAACCCCCCUCUCCCUCUCCUCUGCCCUCCACGACGGCCCCGACGACGACCACAGCAACGCCAGGCCCGGCCCCGCCUGCAUCCCCGAGCAAGCGCCAGGUGUCGAUGUCGCUCCACCCGCCGGCGCAGAUCCCGCUGCACCACUACGAGUCCCAGCCCGUGCUCAAGCCGGCGUCUCCGGAGAUGCCACCCGGGCUCGGACAGAACGACGACCGCGCGAGGUGGUUGGGUACGGCGUCCACGCGGACGAGCUUCACGAGGGUCGAUCUCACCAGGGCGCCUACGCCGUCCGAGGACGAUUCGGCGCCGGGUACGGGGAACGGGGCGGCGGGGAGCGUGGCGGAGGUCGAGGGUGGUGCGGGUGCAGGAGAAGGGGUGCAAGCUGAGCAGGAGGAGGAGGAGGAGGAGGUCGCGAAGGAGGAGGAGGUCGCCGUGCCGCAGACGCCGCAGACGCUGCUCACGUUCUUGCUCGUGUCCGGUCGGCGGAGGACGAUGUCGUUCGAGCCGGAGACGACGGUGGGGAGGGUGAAGGAGCUCGUGUGGAAUACGUGGCCGAGCGGUGAGCCCCGGCGAUUGCACCAUCUUUAACACCGUGUUGUCGAUAUGUUCGGCUUAUGGAGCCGCUGUCAGAUUGGCAAGACGAAAGACCGCCCGCGCCAGCACAUCUGCGGAUCCUGUACCUCGGCCGAGUGCUUCAAGACGACGAUAGCCUCACCAAAGUCGGUCUUCCGUCACAUACCCCGUCUUCUACCGCGUUGCCCGAUCCGGCGCAAGUGCCGACGCCGACUAUCGUCCACCUCUCCAUCAGGCCCUUCGCGCCCCCGGCCGAGGACGAUACCAAGAAGAAAAGACGCGGGAUCGGCAGUAUGGGCGGCGGUCCGGACGGCGAAGAGCGCGGUGCCGGAUGCUGCGGGUGUGUUGUUUGCUGAUACCGUGCACGCUUCCUCGAUGGGGUGUGUAUAUACCAUGGAGAUGGAUGUGGAUGUGGUGGUGGUGGCAUGGUCGUAUAUGGGUCUGGAUUUAUUUCUCUGCUCUACACCUAUUCACCGUUCUUUUUUUGCUUCCUUAUUGCAUCUGUAGUAUACAGAGUCCAUGUUCUGUUCUGCUCAUAGCAACUCACAAUCAUCUCGUAAUGAUCGCCCCCUUCCUAUCAUGCAAUACACGUCUCUCCUCU